AACCCUGUGGCGGGAGGGCCUGCUGUCAUGUCAGGGUUUAAGGUGGCGCCGGUGGAGGGGGGCAGCCCUGUGGCGCUGCCGCCCGGCGAGACGGUCAUAGGAAGAGGCCCCUUGCUGGGAAUCACAGAUAAACGAGUAUCCAGGAAACAUGCUAUUUUGAAAGUAACCGGUGAUCAGCUUUGCAUCAAACCGGUUCACAUAAACCCUUGUUUUUAUCGGCCGUCUGAAAACAGCCAACCCUUGCCACUGGAUACAGACAAAUGGCACCAACUGAGCCCUGGUGACAACUUCUCCCUCUUAGUGGACAAAUAUGUCUUCAGGGUUGCUUUCACUCACACAGAGAUGGAAGGCCUUCAAAGCCGGAACAGCGGCAUCCUUGAUGCGGAAGAGAGGCCCGAUCAGACGCCCAAGAUGCCACCCAGGCAGUCUUCGCUACAGCAACCGUCCUCUUCUGACCACGAUAAGCUUCUGGAAGCCCACUCCCGAUUGGAAAGAACAGCUGGAACUCCCCAAAAGCUUUCUGCUAGUGUGGCUGACCCAGAAAAGCUGAGGCCCGCUGCAAGGAAAAGGCUGCUUCCAGCAUGGAUGCUCCAAGGCGAUCUGGUGAUUCUGAGUUCAUCAACUGCGGUCCCUGGAAGAGGAAAUAAUGAAGAAAGAAAAAGAAGUCCAGGAAAAAAGCAAAAAACUACACCAAGUGACCGGGCUGCCCUUCCAGUACAGGAUAUGCAGGGAGUCGCCGCAGAAUUUGCUUUUCCAAAGGUGGAAAACAAUAACAGCAAAGUUAUACCUCAAAUACCUAAAUGUUUGACAGUGCAGAAUGAAUUCUUGGAACCCAGCCAAUCAGGACACCAGUGCAUUGAAAGUAAUAAAAGGGAAAUUGAAGAAGAGAGCACCCCAUCUAAAACAGCAGACCAAGGAGUUCCGUCUCAGUCUCCUGUCCACCAGGACGAGAAGGAAGCAUUUAUACUAGAUCAAAUGGCUGAAACGGACAUUUCAGAUUCAGCUGGAAGUUCAGAUGUGCCACAGAGCUCUAAUGUAACCAAACACAAGAGGACCCCUUGCCAGUACGGGAGAAAAUGCUACAGGAAGAAUCCCGUACACUUCCAAGAGUUCUCUCAUCCUGGCGAUGCCGAUUAUCAAGACCCGGAAGUUGUAACUCCAGCUGAUAAUGAUCGUCGACCCGAAUGCCCCUACGGAACUGCUUGUUACAGGACGAAUCCCCAGCACAAGAAAGAGUAUAAGCACACGGCACCCCCAGGACCCGAAAGAAGGCAGACUAGACCAAAUCCUGCCAAAAAAGGAAGAAGCGUCUUGGAGGAGGACAGUGAUCAUGACGGCGAACCCAAUGAGUACGAUUUGGAUGACAGCUUCAUAGACGAUAAAGAGGAAGAAGAGUGCGACCCUACGGAUGAAGAUUCUGACUGGGAGCCAGAUUUUGAGGACAAAGAUACCAAAGACGUGGACACCCUCCUGAAAGAAGCACAGAAGUUUGUUAAAACUAAGAAGUGA